CCCAGAGAGGUCUGGAUUCCAAAUUUGACAGCUUGCCAUUGUUUCUAUAAAGACAUUGCAAACAACUACAAGACCGUGUCCCUGGAAAAUAGAUCUUUGCUGUAGAAGAAAAACCUCUGGUGAAGGUUGCUCCAGGCUCUGACUUGGCCCCACCAUGAUCUUUCUGUUGCUUCUUGUGCCCAGCUUGGUCCUUUGUGAUGUCAACAUCACCUGGGAAGAUCUGCCGACUACCGCCAGCCCCCUGGUAGACAUGCAGAAGAAAGUGAACGACCUGUGGCUGAGUUUGCUCUACCCGCAACUCUACGACGAUAUCAUCACAGCCAACCGGUCGGUCUACGCUUGUUGUGUCGCCAAACCCAGUAGCAAGUUAGCGGAGGGCAAGCCCCAAGUGACGGGCCUGGUUCUGUUCAAGCAGUUCUACCCCUAUGGGAAACUGGAGGUGGUUUUCUACCUGGCUGGCUUCCCCACGGAAUCGGACACUUCACCAAGGGCCAUUCACAUCCAUGAGCACGGCGACCUCAGCGAUGGCUGUGAUUCUACUGGAGGCCACUACAACCCUUGGAAGGUCAACCACCCUCAGCACCCUGGGGAUUUUGGAAACUUUCACCCAAAGGGAGGCAACAUUCAGAAAUUCAAAUCGAACCUGAGAGCUACUCUCUUUGGACCCCAUACCGUUCUUGGUCGGUCAGUGGUGAUCCACGAGCAGGAAGACGACCUGGGCAAGGGCAACAACAAAGGCAGCUUGCUGCACGGAAAUGCUGGCCUGCGCCUGGCGUGUUGUGUCAUUGGCAAAUGUCAGAAGGAGCUGUGGGACAAGCAUUUUCCCAAAAUCAUGGCCAAAAGAAGGAAAAGGGUGAUAAAACCUGGGGGGCCAUGAGGGGGGGGCUGGCAUCCCGAAUGCCGAUCGACUGAGUUUGUUAUCCACUAAGUGGGUUGCAACGGCUGUUUCUCUUCCAAAAAUGUUAAAAUAGGCACCUCUCCUUUAGUGAAUUCUUCCCUCUAUAAGCAGGUUGAUAAUAAAGAAAAGCAGGAC